AUGGAUGCUGGCAUUGCCAAAGAAGAAUCAACAAGAUCAGAAUUUGACACCUUCAAGCAAUCGCUGGUGAACGUUCAAACGAAGAAAAAGGAAUCAGAAAGUGAAACAACAAUGAAUUCAAUGAAUUUUGAUUUGGGAAUUUGGGGCAGUAAACAAGAAAUGAAAUUUCGAAGGAAAAAGUGGACAAAUGCAUCAUUAAAAGUUUUGCUUGGAAUGAGACAAAUUCAAGAAUUUUAA